UUUGUAUUCAGUGCCCGGCCAUACAUUAACCACAAACCCACACACACACUCACUCUCUCUCACUCUCACACACAGCAACUCACAUGGAUCUCGUUAGAUAGCCUUUAUAUUUGCAUUCUCUAACACACCUUCAACUGGCGCAGAGUGGUCGAAGGACAGCGAGGGUGACGCAGGGAGGGUUUAGGCAAAGUUCAGAGGAACCCCAACCUUACAAAAGAAGCAAGCACACAGUGCAUCGCCCCAUCGGCAGGAACCUUUCUGACCCUCUGCUACCACAGGACUGGGCCGCUGUCAGGAUGGGCUGGGUGCGCGCACUCUUGCUCCUCACGGUCAUUGGGGAAGUUUGGACCUGUCUCUUUCACCGCGACUGGAGACCGCAAAGUGAGCAGUGCCGAGCCGAACUGGCCGAGACCAUCGUGUAUGCCAAGGUGUUGGCCAUCUACAAGGAUACCUACAGCGUGUACAACUACCUUCCCUGGCAAUAUAACACGGAUCUCUUCUAUUCGGCGGAGGUGGAACUGUUGUGUGACCAAGCUUGGGGCAGUAUGCUGGAGAUGCCGGCUGGAGCCAGGUUUAACCUGACUGGACUGGGCUACUUCCUCUGUCACUCUUACACCGUCAUGGAAAACAACACCUAUUAUUUCUUCAUCAGGAGGGAUGAAAAUGGCAACUUGGUGCCACAUGGAGUCAAUGAACAGGAUCCAAUUUUCUCUGACACACCCGAAAACAAGCAGAUGUUCUCUAGCAUCUUCCAGUUCUCCAACUGUGUCAGCGGCACCAAUCUUCAGAUGUACACACCUGAGUGGGAACUGCAAGAAGAUAAUCGGCUCCUCUGCUCAAGCGUGCAGAAGGCCCUUUACGAGGAGGAAGACCGGGUGCGGAUGCUCAACCAGAAAGUGAAGUCUCUGGAGAAGUCUAUCAACCAUCUGCGUGAGAAGGUGAAGGGAACUAAACGCUCACUCAGGCAGGUGAAGAAAGAGAGCAAGCGAGAGGCAAUGCUCUUGAAACAGCAGCAGAACAAGGAAAGAGGAAAGUUGAACGCAAAGCAGGACACUGGCAAACCGAUCCUGAAACCAGUCAAGAAACCAGUCAACCACAAACUGUAACGUUCCAGACUCACUGGAUGUAACGGUCUGUAAGUUUGAGAUGAAAUGCUUCCAUGCAUUUCACAUAGAAACACAUGGAAACUACCUACACUAUAACAGCAGUAGUUGUGUGAACUAGAAAAAUAUGGUUGUAUAGCUUGGCUUUCACAUUUACGUCAUAUUUCUCAGCCAAUUUAAGUUUAUUUUCUGUUUAUAGCAAGUGUAAUUGAGUUUUGAUAGAAGCAAGUUGAAACAGGCAUGGGACCCAAUGCAGAAAACUGGUGGAAACUUCCCUGCAGUGAUUGGCAAGUUGGCAAAACUUUGGCAAGAUUCCACAGGGAAACAAUGUUGACGUGGAAAAUAGAACAACCUGUGCCAGGGCAGGAAUUCAUGAUGUAUUGGGAGGAAACAUUUAUUAGUAAGAGCAGCUUUUACACAGUCCUGUCUACACUUCACUGACCAGUUGAAUAUUUAAUGCAGGCAUUUAAUCUCAAGACAAAAAUCAAAAAUACUAUUUCAGAGGAUAGAAUUUCUCACAAAACAAACUAAAUGGUUUGUUAAAUGUAUUCUCUAGUUCCAGCAUUGAUGGACUCUCUUCAUUGGAAGUUGAAGCAAAACCAUCAGUUUGGUUCAUUCUUUGGAAACAUUUUAAAUUCAUGGAUAAAAACAGACUAAUGAUAUUUAAAACACAGGAAUUGCAGAUGAUGCACUAUAGCAUAUCUUGUAACUCACUUUAGUUGUCUUGUAGUGAUAGAGUAAUAGAGAUACAGCACGGAAACAUGCCCUUCGGCCCACCGAGUUCAUGCCUACCCCAUCAACCACCCAAUUACACAAAAUUUACAUGAAUCCCUUGUUUUAUUCUCAUUAAUUCCCCUGAUUUAAAAUUCGGUACAAUGAAUAGAUAAGAUCGUCACCUUUUGACUACUCUGUAAUGGAUAUCACCUUAACUAUUAUUCCCUGUACAACUCCAUAUUGUAAAACUAAGACUAAAAAUUUCUAAUGAUAAACAGUCUGGAAAGCUCAUUAAGCAGGUAAAAAACACCUCAGGCAUUUAAGGCUUUCAUUAAUAUUGAGUGCAUUGCUAAUUAUGCUGUAAUUUGGUUUAACUUCAUUGAAAGAUUUCACGGAGUGCCGGAGUAGUUCAGGGGGUCAGGCGGCAUCUCAGGAGAACAUGGAUAGGUGACGUUCCAGAACUGAAACAUCCCCCGUCCAUGGCGCCUGAGAUGUUGCCUGACCCACUGAGCUACUCCAGCACUCUGUCAUUUUAGCAAAUCAGCAUCUGCAGUUCCUUGUUUCUUCAUUUAAAGAUUGUUUUUUCCAAAUAUAAAUGGUUAAUUUGAAUCACCAUCACCAGCAGUCCAUUUUAUAAAGUUAGUGUUCAGACAUCCAGGACCACUUUCCAUUAGGAGUUUGCAAUGUUUUUAAUCACAAUUCCUUUUGUAUAGACGGUGCUUUUUUUCUAAGUGGGUUGGUUUGUGAAUGUUGCUUCAUGCCAUGAUUAACCAAUAAAUAUAUAAUUUCUGUAGAGAGAAGGUGUACCACUCAUUAAACUCAGUAACUUGUGA